UCAAAAAAUGAGGACAAUCGGCAGAAUUUUUGGUGGAGUUUUUGCCGUAGUUUUUGUGCAUUUACUGACGGAGUUUUUGUGGAGUUGGCGAGAACCGAGAGAGUUUAAGCAUCAACUUGUUCGUCUUUGAGCAUUGAAAACAGGGAUGGACUUAGUGAGCGAGUAUCAAAUGAUGUUAAACGCAGAAGAGCAUGACAAUGCAGAAGCAUCUGAGAGGGUUUUAGAUGUAAGGCCAAUAACUGAGAUCCCAGUGUUGCGUGCAAAGCCAAAAAGGGAGUUAAAAAAGGUUUCCAAAGGUCAAGAGAAAAAGCAGAAGAUAAAACCAGAUAGAGCAAAGAACAAAGCUUCAAAGAAGCAGAUAUCUAAUGUGGAAGCAACUGAGCAACAUGAGGGUCAGACUGAGCAAAAUGAUAAUGUUGAAGCAGUUCACAACGUUGAUGUGGAAAGGAAUAAUGUGGAAGAUGAUGGUACCAAUCAGCCAGAUCAGAAUGAAGCUGAAGAAGAUGAAAAUGUGGAAGAACAACAUAGCGGUGAUGUUGAAAGCAGUAAGCCAGAUGAGCAUGGUGCAAAAGAAAAUGAGCAAACUAUGACUCAGAAUGAUCAAAAUGAGAAUGUGGAAGCAGCAAAAGAGGAUGGUUUGCAGAAAAAGAAAGUGGAAAGCAAGAAAAGAAAUAGAAAAAAUUCAAAACAAAGUGGAGAGCAAGCAACUUCAAGCAAACAAAAUUUCCGAAGCUCUGGACUAGAAUGUGAGGAUGAGAGACCAAAGAAGAGAAUAACAAGAUCAACCACAGGAGAAAAAACUGAAAACAAGAUAGUUGAAGUUAAGAAAAAGAAGAAAGAAGAUGCUGCAAGAAAGAAAGGAAAAUGUGAAGCAGAGACAUCAAAGGCGGAGAAAAGAAAGUCGAAGAAGAAGAGAGUUGAAGAAGAAGAAAUAGAGGACGAGGAUGAGGAGGAAGAAAAGGAAGAAAAUGAUCAAUUUCCGAAGCUCUGGACUAGAAUGUCUCCAAGAAGUAUAACUGAAAUUAUGACAGCAAUGAGUGAAGAACAAAAGGCAGAGGUGGUGGAGAUGGGGUUUGGUCCAUUACUGAACCUUCAAAUCAAGCAAUUGCCGAUGCAGUUGGCAUAUUGGACUGUUGAGAACUUUGAUAGUAGAAGUUUGUCUCUUGUGCUACCGAACAAUGAGAAAUUGAGGACAAAUGAAGAUGCAGUGCACUUCACAUUGGGGUUUCCAAAAGGAGACUUAAAUGUGAAGAAUUUGAUUGACACCUGAUGGAUAGUCUACCCGGGGGGUAUAUAUCCGAGGGGUUAUUGCUGAGAAUAACUUAGAGAGAAGUCAGAGCAAAAGUAAGUAAGAGAGAGAGUGUAUUCAGUCUGAAUGUCGUGGUUACAAAUGGGGAAAUGGGGGGCUAUUUAUAGUAGCAAUAAAUGCCGGACAGGGACACGUGUCAAGCAUCCAUAGGCCGAGAGGUCACCUCAUCCGGUUGGCGCUGGCAAACGCAUGUGGCCGCAUUUAAUGCGGCUGUUGGAUGGGACGUUGCACAGGGUACGGUGACCUGUACGCGCGUGAAGAGGAGAUCUUGUCGAGUGAGAUGCCUUCGGCUAUAGAGCAGUAGCCGAGGGCUCCUCAAACCGAGGGCACCCUGGUGCUGAGGGCUCCUGAUGCCGAGGGCUACUGUUCUCGCCGUUUUCUCCCAGUUUCUUGGUUUGCUUGAGAAACCCGUUCUGUGAGAGUUUAGAGCCUUCGGCCAGGGGGUCGAAGGCACCCCUGGUGCGCUGUGGGCUGCUUGGUACUCCGG